AUGGCUACUUCCCUAAUCUCUCCACUCACAGAUGAGACUUCCGUCACAUCACUGUUGACCAUAACCAUCGCAAUCACAAUAUCCGCCGCCGUUCUCUACUUCCUCGGAAAUCUCCGAAGAACCAAAUCGCCGCCGGGUCCACGUGGGCUGCCGGUCGUCGGGUACCUCCCGUUCCUCCGCCGCAACGACCUCCACCGGCAGCUCACUUCCCUGGCCGAAACCCACGGCCCAAUCUACACAAUCCAGGGCCUCAACAGAUCCCUGGUCGUGGUCAGCUCCCCGGAUCUGGCGAAAGAGGUCCUCCGGGUCAACGAGUCCAUCUUCUCGACCCGCCCGAUCCCGAUCGUGGGCCGGAUCUUAACCUACGACGGGAUCGACCUCGCGAACCUGCCGUACGGCCCCGAUUGGGCCGGGCUGCGGAAGGUCAUGUUCCGGGAGGUUCUCAGCAGCGGGGCCCUGGACACGUGUCACGCGCUGGGCAGGGGAGCGGUUGAGGCGGGGAUGCGGGAGAUUCGGGCCGGCGAGGCGACGGGGGUGUUCGAUGCGGCGAUGAAGGUGGUGGUCGAUUCGACCCUGGCCAUGUUGUGGGGCGGCGGCGGGGAGGGAGGAGGGGCGGCGCCGGAUUUCGCGGCGGAGUAUCGGGAGGCGACGAGGGAGAUGACGGAGCUGUUGGGGCGGGCGAAUGUCUCCGACGUGAUUCCUCUGCUUGCGAGGUUUGAUUUGCAGGGGAUUCAGGGGGAGGCGGCGGCGGUUGCGGAGCGUUUCGAUGGGAUCAUUACUUCGGUGGUACAACGACGGAUGGAUGAUUUGUCUUCGGGGAAAUUGGUGCCUUCUAAGGAUUUGCUCCAGAUUUUGCUGGAAAUUCAGAGCCGGGAGGACUCUUUGAUUGCCUCUUCGUCCCUCCACUUCAAGGCUAUGAUCCAGGACAUUGCAUCUGGUGGCACGGAGAGCAUAGCCAUCCUACUCGAAUGGGCAAUGACAGAGCUUCUAAGCAACAAAGAGGCGAUGACAAAAAUCCAACAAGAACUAGAGCUCAUCGUCGGACCGAACAACGUCGUGGAACAACGUCAUCUGAAAGAGCUGAACUACCUAAACGCCGUCGUUAAGGAGACAUGCCGGUUGCACCUCGGACUCACCCCUCGACUGGCCGGUCAGCCUUGCACCAUCGGCGGUUACCACAUCCCAAAGGGAGCUGCAGUUUUCGUCAAUACUUGUGUAGUGAUCCUUAAAUCAUGA